AUGGUGCCUAAGAAUGCAAUCAGAUAUUUCGAAUUAAAAUGGGAGGGCCUCUCUUCUGAAACUGGUACAUCUUGGGCAAGCUUAUUUUUGGGUAAUCUAGUAAUAAAGAAUUGUGGUAAUUUUGAUGUUUCGUUAUCAGUUCGUUUCCAUGCUGGUUGUGAUAUUUUUAAGUUAUCAGUGCUUCCACUGAAUUCUGGUUAUGUACUGUCGCUGGCACUUGCCAUACUACCUGCAAGGCACUGCAUGAGGCCGAUUAAAGUUGUUGACAUAUGUCAGUACUGCCUGAAAGAAGUACCAUCUGGGUUGGCGAAAACUGGUAGCAAAAUGCUCAGAGUUGUGUUUGAAUGCCAAAGUUUGCAAAAACUUUCGCUAAACCAUAAUAACUUGCUAUGUCUACCGAAAGAAAUAGGGCGGUUGACGCGUCUCCGAGAAUUAUCUCUAGUCGACAAUGAGUUAUCGGAUUUGCCUGUUGAAAUAAUAAAAUGCAUGAACUUGCAAGUACUCGAUCUUAGUUUUAAUUCUUUAACAAGAUUGCCAAUCGUACUCUUUCAAAUGCCUUCGCUGAUUCACCUGAAUUUAUGUGACACAUCACUGUCAUAUUUGCCCAGCAGUUUUGGAUUACUUACUAAUCUUCGCUUUCUUGAUCUGCGCGAAAAUCAGCUGCGAAUAUUACCCGAUGCGAUUGGAGAUUUAAAAGAUUUGAAAUAUCUGGAUGUGGGAAAAAAUAAUCUUAUUGAGUUGCCUUCUGCAAUCGGCCUUCUGAAUGGAAUUGAGGAAUUGCACGUAGAUGGCAAUUAUUUAACUUCAUUACCAAUGGAACUGAUAAGCUGCAAAAUGUUGCAGAUACUGGAUAUUUCAGAAAACGGCAUUAAAAAUUUGCCGUCAAAUUUAGGAGAGCUCAACAAUUUGAAGGAACUGUUGCUUGCAAAUAAUGCAAUCACCAAACUCCCGUCAUCUUUAGAGUGUUUUGCUGUCGCCCCUAACAGAAUUACUGUUUCUGUAAGCUUUUUAGGAUGUCUGGUGAAACUAAAGUUUUUGUCAGCAUGUUGUAACCAGCUUGCACAAUUGCCGGAUGCAAUUGGAAGUUGCGAAUCACUUGUCGAAAUUCGUUUAGUCAAAAAUAAUUUAAAGGAAUUACCUCUCAGUAUCGGAAAUUUAAAGAAAUUAGUCACAUUAGCGCUUGAUGAAAAUCAUAUCAUACAACUGCCUCCAACGAUCGGUUAUUGUCAAAAUUUGAAGUAUUUGACGCUGCGAAGUAAUGACUUAAAUGAACUUCCUUUUGAAAUUGGUCGUUUGCAGAACAUACGUAUCAUUGAUGUUAUUGAAAAUAAACUUUUUUUCUUACCAUAUUCAGUCAGCGUUUUGAGCAAGAUGCGAGCUCUUUGGUUAUCGUUUACUCAGGUAAUUUUGAUUGCCAAUCAAAAAAUAAUGCCAUUACCACAUCUCAUAUCCAUAUUUAAAAGUAUGCUAAGAAAAUUUUCUUCUUUCCAUCAAGUACCAAUUUUGUUGCAAUAUUUCUCUCAGAAAACGCCAUUGCCGCGACUUGUUAUCGCAAAGGAUUCAGUGACUCAUAUCAAAGUUCUUACUUGCUAUCUCUUACCUCAAGGAAAGUACCAAGCUGAAGCCGGGCAACCCUGUUCUAAAUCAUUACAUGGUGUCUCAUUUAGCGAUGAACCGGAAGAGAGAAGUUCUGAAUUGGGGCUCUUUCAACGAAAAGGAACUCCAUAUCCAAAAUUUAGAAUCAGUCGUAAUUCGAUGCGUAGAAAUUGCAUUGAUGGGCAUUACAUUUCACACAAAAAAGAGAGUGAUUUGGUCAAAAAGCCACAGAAAACUACUGACUGUGUGAAGAGAAUAGAUCUUACAGACAAGUUUACAUCAGUAGAUUUAGAUCUAGAACAAAAGAAAAAGAACAUAAACGAGAAGAGUAGUAUGACUGUUUUGAGCGCAGUAUUACCUACAGACAUUAAGAAAAGUACCUUUGAAGAAAUUAGACAGGUUUCACGAAAUUUGGAAAGUGGUUUUGGUUUUACUAUUGUUGGUGGCCGCGAAUCAAAACCGUACAAGGAAAAUGACACAGGUAUAUUCAUAUCAAAGAUUGUUGUUGGCAGUCCAGCAGAAUUAGCAGGACUGCUUCCGGGAGACAAAAUAAUUUUCUUUAAUGGUGUGGAUGUUCGCAAUGAAUACCACGAUACUGUUGCUGAGAUGAUGAGGAAGGUUAUGGUGUUAGAGUUGGUGGUUCUACGACAAAAUUCUCCUCAAAAGCAACAAUUAAGCUUUUUUCUUGCGAAUGAGGAAUAUAAGAACGAAAAUAAAACUUUAAUUUCAAAAGGAAGUCCGUCAUUGGAAAUUUCAUUGUUAAAUACUCAAAAAAUUGUUACUAACUGGUUGAAAAUCCACUCCAAUGAAAAGUUAGAGAAUCCUGGGACGAAAUUUCAAAAUAAUGAGCGUGAGGAAGUUGGAACUGCCCAGAAAAGAAAUAAGCGAGAAAAACCUCCAGUUCCUCCGAAGCCAUCCAAAAUACAUCUGUCAUCUUGUUACUGUUUGAUGAUCUACCGUUUAUCUGUUUCAACAGACUUGCAUACUGAAUUCUAUCCAGGUAAUGAAAGAAGUCGAACACGCUAA